AUGAAAAUUUCAUCUGUUUACAAUGCCAUCUCCCAAUCUUUAGCAACUGUAACCUGGGCGAAAACAGUUUGGGGAGGUUUGCAUUACCCCAAGCAUUCGAUGAUUCUAUGGCUUGCUACUCUAUCGAAGCUUCUGACUAAGGAUAGGUUGUGUCGCAUGGGUAUAUUGGAAAACAAUCAAUGUGUGCUCUGUGAUGAUUCUGUAAGUCAUCAAGAAUCUAGAAAUCACUUGUUCUUUGAAUGCCAGUUUUCUUCCUAUGUAUGGAACAAUUUGAUGGCAUGGCUGAAGUAUUCGUGGAGGUCCUGCUGCUGGAAUCAGGUAUUGCGAUGGUAUAGCAACAAUUUGAGGGGGCUUGGAUUCAGAAAGAAACUGAAAAGAAUGAUGUUAUCUGGAGCUGUGUAUUGGAUAUGGAAGGAGAGAAAUCAGAGAAUUUUUCAACAAAAAGCCCGUAGCCCUGAUCAACUUAUCAAGGAAAUAAAGAUUUCAUUACUCUCAAAAGUUCUUAAUGAAGAUGUUCCUGAGAACUUGAAGGAAGAAAUAGCAAAAUUGUAA